CUUCUCCUCCUCGCCGGUAUGCUGCGCGGGCGUGUGCAUUCAUCGCGAUGACGACCACCUGGAGACCCGCCGUUCCUGAUAUCCACUGACCUUCGUCCCUCCUUCCUCUCGGCUUCCCACCUUCAUUACUCUUCGCGUGGCGCGUCCUUUGUGACUCGCGUCACCCUAUCACUCAGGAGGACCACACGAUUGCGAUACCACCUGAUACGAAACCUUUCCUUCCACCAGAUCGGCCUCACGGAGCCAGCAGGACGACCAAGCGAUCACACAAUCUAAAAUGUCAAGGCCGAAGCAGGGCGCCGAGUCCGCGCAUCGGACUGCCCGUAUCCUUUCCUCAAUCGCUGCGACUACCAUUGCCCUCAGCUGCGGAACGAAUUACGGCUUCUCAGCAUGGGCACCACAAUUUGCGACCCGCCUACAACUCACAGCGACUCAAACGAACCUCAUAGGGAAUGCAGGAAACAUUGGGAUGUACGCAAUGGGAAUUCCGGGCGGAAUAUUGAUCGAUUCAAGAGGGCCUAGAUGGGGAGUGGCUCUGGGCUGCGUCUGCCUCGCCAUAGGAUAUUUCGGGCUCAAGAGCGCAUAUGACAAUGGACCGGGCAGCACAGGCGUGCCAUUGCUGUGCCUGUUCGCCUUAUUCAGUGGCUCAGGCAGCUGUACAGCCUUCUCGGCGGCCAUCAAGGCAUCGGCGAGCAAUUGGCCCUCACAUCGAGGCACAGCGACAGCCUUUCCGUUGAGUGCUUUUGGACUUAGCGCUUUCUUCUACACUACAUUGGCGACUUUUCUGUUCCCGGGAGAUACUAGUGGAUAUCUCAAACUCCUGGCCUAUGGCACCACUGCUAUGACCUUUAUUGGAAUGCUGUUUUUGCGCAUAGUCGAUGUGACAAAAGACCGGGAUCAUGUUGCAGCCUACGGAGUGGUUCCUGUGGAAGACCCAGAGCCUACCAAACGCCGCGACAGCAAUCGUAUGCACCGCACGAGCUCUAAGAGUGUUCGUAGUGGCAAGCAUCACCGAGUGACGAGCAUGGUCAGCAAUGAGGAUGAGACCGAGUCUCUCGUGACGUCGUCGAAUUCGAGCGAGCCUGGCGACAUUCACGACGAUAUACUGGCAAGCAAAAAUGCGCACCAUCACGACACAACAGAGCUGACCGGCUGGGCGCUGGUCUAUGAACCAAAGUUCUGGCAGCUGUUCAUUUUGCUCGCGCUUCUUUGUGGUGUGGGUCUCAUGACGAUCAACAACAUUGGAAACGACGCGCGAAGCUUGUGGAAGCACUACGACGAUUCCGCCAGCAAAGAGUUUAUUUCCAAGAGGCAGCUCAUGCAUGUUUCCAUCCUCUCGGUCUGCUCCUUUCUCGGACGUCUGGCUUCCGGCAUUGGAUCCGACUGGCUUGUACACCACCACAGCUCACGCUUCUGGACACUAGUAGCCAGCGCUUCAAUUUUCGUUGGUGCACAAUGCAUAGCCCUCACAUUGGAAGAUCCGAACCAUCUAUUCUGGCUUUCGGGUUGCACAGGUCUUGCAUACGGGACUUUGUUCGGUGUGUAUCCAGCGCUCGUAGCAGAUGCCUUUGGCGCGAGCGGCCUGGGUCUCAACUGGGGCUACAUGACUUGGGCGCCUGUGGUGAGUGGCAACACUUUCAACCUGAUCUAUGGAAGUACCCUUGACAGCCAUUCCGUGUUCGAAGUUGGUCCAGAUGGGGCCAAUGGCGAGAUGAUUUGUCGAGACGGGAAAGAGUGCUACGCCACAGCAUAUUGGAUCACACUCGUUAGCUCGGCUGUCGGCGUGGUAUGGUGCUUAUGGUGCAUUCGACAGGAGAAGUUGACUAUGCUCAGAGAGACCAAGGAGAGAGACCGUGCUCACCAACCUUGAUGCUGUUGCGAUUGGCAUACCGUAUUUUAGCGUGGCGUUGGGAUAUAGAGAGGUGCCAGUAUUGUGGAUGAUAGAUAUUCACGGCUCAAAGCCCAGUCCAAACUGAAGAUGUUGCUUCGCGAUUUAUUCCAGCGUGCUCGCAGAAAGACCUGCGCACCAGCAUUCGCACUCCGCGCCCCACAGCACGCAGCACGAUGCAAUGUCUGGAUGCUAUGAAUCAAAAGGAUCAGGAACCGCUGUCAACCAAACGAACUAGACACCAACUACUGCAUACAACCAUUAGCUCGACAAACAAGGCUACGAAUCAACCAUCUCGUGCAAGUGACACA